GUCCAAAUGGACGAAUCAAACAAAAAAAAUUACCACUGUCACUCGCGUUACCUAUUUAACAUUUCGUGAAAUUUGCAAAAAAAUCUUAAUUAACACAAAAGUAUAUUGUUUUCAUUAAUCAUCAUAAAGCUACGUAAUAACUAUAAAAAGACUUUGGGAUGUGUGAACGUUAUCCGGGAUACUUGUUUGGUGGCACUCCUGUCAGUAGCUGGGACAGGAGUUUCAAUUCUUUGGAAAAUCAAAUCCAACAGCAGUACCGAGGCAGAGCGGGUUCGAACGCUCGAUACUGGGGCAGCAUGUCUGAAGGAGGGGGACUCUCGGCCGCCGGCGGGGACACCGCCAGGACUAAUCUAAUCGUGAACUAUCUGCCUCAGAAUAUAACAGAGAAGGAUCUUUACGCGAUGUUCGUUACCAUAGGACCUAUCGAGAGCUGUCGAGUGAUGAAGGACUUUAAGACUGGCUACAGUUACGGAUUCGGUUUCGUGAACUUCACCAGGGAAGAGGACGCGGCUCGAGCGAUCGACACUUUCAAUGGUUACCAGCUCCGAAAUAAACGGUUAAAGGUGUCGUACGCGAGGCCUUCCGGGGAUGACAUUAAAGAAACGAAUCUAUACGUAACGAACUUACCGCGCGCCAUAACUGACGAUCAGCUGGAGACGAUAUUCGGGAAAUACGGGAGGAUAGUACAGAAACACAUACUGAGAGAUAAGAACAGCGGAACCCCGAGAGGAGUCGCCUUCGUUCGAUACGAUAAAAGGGAAGAAGCGCAAGAGGCAAUAGCAGCGUUGAACAACGUGAUACCUGAAGGAGGAACCGAGCCACUCAGCGUUAAAGUAGCAGAGGAACAUGGCAAGCAGAAGGCGGCUUAUUAUGCCGGAUGGAGCGCGGGCUACCAACAGAAUCGAGGUGAUUAUUCGUGGAACUGCAACACCUGUCCGCCGCCGGAAGCUUGGGAGGGUUUCCCUCCGCCCCCAUUAUUGGAAAGUGUACCCAACACGCCUAAGAACGGCUGCCGGCCGGGCGUUUGUAACAGACCUCCGUACUCAGUGCCCGGGAAGGUAGCCAACCGAGGAGGUCGAGGUAGGAACCUGCCUUGGGCACCGGGGGUUAACACGGACGAACGCUUCAAAGGCCAAAGGUUUAGGAACGGCCCGCAGCCAUAUUGGUAGAAUAAUUUGAAUUGCGCGUUCGAUUUGACGUUUCAACAAAAACGGUUUUUUUUUGGGCGCAACUUAACGUACAUGUACAAGUUUUAAGUAAAAAUAACUUGCAAACGUAAUAGUGAAGUAUGUAGAUAGUUUUUUUUUUCAUUUUUUUUUUUUCGUAUCUUUGUAAAUAGGUUGGAAGACCUUUAAUGGCGUUCGUUCUGCACUCAUUAGUCUCGAUUAGCUGUAGAUGAUAUGUUCGUUUGGAUUGUGGAUCAGAUUUUAUUCAUAAUAAAGAUUAAAGCGUCAUUGGCGUAUUUCGAAAAAUUCUCUCUUUUUUUUUUUUAAUUCAACACAUCGCGGUUUUGUUUCAGCGAAUAACAAUGUGGCUUAAAGGAACAUUUCUGGGAAAAAAAAAUUUUUUUUCAAACGAAUCCGUACUUUUUAUGUCCGUUAUAAUUCUGUAUAAUACGCAACUUUGUUGCACGACUUUGAAGUUUGUGAAAUCGGAUAUAUUAGUAAGGCUGUAAAAGUAAUCUUGAUUUAUAUUACUCCCAAUGGACCUUUACUGUUGUUAAGGAAGAUUUUCAUUCGAGUCUUGAUUCACUUUGUAAGAGCAUUUCCAAAAUCAGCCGCUGGGAGAAUUGUCUUGCGCGGUGAGCUGACUAUGUCAUUGUAAUUGGAAUUUGCCGUAGUAGUUUCAGGAUAUAUAAUCAUCGGUCAAUUACCACUAGAUAACGCCUCACAAAAAGAAAACACAAAUAUGACAUCGACUGACUAAUCUGACUACACCAUCAAAUGGAGAAAAACGAUGUAAAGGUAUAAUAAUUGUAACCCAAACUAUGCCUCGUUCCGAAGCAAUAAAGUGCAGCUUAGAUUGUUUUAACAUUCACUUACGACCUUACGCCAUGAAUGACAGAAAGAGAUAGAAAUUUACAAUAACUUUUGUUCCAAAUUCAACCUUAUGUCGUUAAUUAUAAAGCAGAGAAUUAAAGACACAGCGUUUUACUUACGCCAUUUUAAAUUUACGAUAUUAAGACUACUGCUCCGAACAGAGUUUUACGGAGUCGCGCUUCGUAGGUAGAUAGGAAAGGUCUAGCCUGUCUUCCCUUACAUCCAAGAUAACAUGGCUACACAACACACGGCUAUACCUACAAUAUAUGAAUUACAAUUCAUACAUACUCCCUCAGAAAUAACCUCCGAAAUCGUUGUGAAAUUUUAAAUCAAGCAAUCUUAUCUCAACGAUGGGCGAUUUUAUUAUAACCGGUAGGUGUAUAUAAUAAAUUGAAUGUCUCCUCUCAAAUGUAGGUACUCUGUUCCUACUAAGAUAACGUUCGUUUGUGUGUGUGUGUUUGAAUGGAUCGAUGGUGUGUUGCCAGCGCAAUAAAUAUUGACGUUUUGUUGUUGCAAAUGGUUCGGUCGAAGAAUGAGCAACGCAUAUGUGACAUGAGAUGUAUUCUAAUCUUUUAUAAACAUGAAAUGUCGCUACCAAGCAUCGGAGUUGUGACGGGCGAUAGCCACAAGCGACAUUACGGUUCUGGAAUGUUGGACAGUCCCCCGUCCUUCCCAAGUGGCCAAGCAGAAUCGGCAGUUUUACCUAGUAAUUACACAAAAUUACAUGCAAAAUUAACUUGAGAUUUAUUGCGCGGGCAUAAUCGUUUUUUUUUCUUUUUUUUUUCUUUUUAUAUAGCACGUAAGUAGUUUUAACAUAUUUCAAGUAAAUUAUUUAGUUUUUUCAAAAUAUAAUUUUUUUUGUUAUCUAGAAGUCGAUGGAUUUUAUUUUCUUUAUUAGUUUUUUUUUAUUUGACAAAUAUUUUUUCUGUAAAUAUAUUUACGGCCUGUUUCAUUGCACUGUCCUUUUGAAUGAAAACCUCAUUAGUCCUGAUGGAUUUUGAUCAUAAUUGUUCAUUAUCUAAAAAGAUAAUAUGAAAUGAUUUAAUUAUUUCAUUAACAUUGUAAUGAAGCAGGCCUGUAGAAUAACUAAAUAUUACGUCAUUUUCCAAGACGAUAAUGAUUUCUUUUAAAAUUCGUAUUUUUUGUCAUGUCACUUUGCAAACGCAAACAACAGUGUUGCCAGUAUUUUAUGAAUAUACAUUUUUAGUAUGUUUCGUUUCUCCUAAGGCAGAGGUUAUCUAUCCGCCUUCGUUUUGUGAAUUAAUUGUAGUAUUCAAUAUAGUCAGUUCACAUUAAAAUUUGUGAAGAUAACGAUAUUCCUUCUUUUUUUUUAAAAUAAUAUUCCGAUCUUAUGGCACUGUGGUGGGUGGAUGCAAUUAUGUCAUUGUUAUUUAAGUUUCUUUUGUAUUUUGACAAAAAAAAAAUAUAGAACUUAAAUAUCUUGA